AUGGAAGAUUCAUCGCGACCACCACUCGGGGAGAUAAGAGUCAUCAUUGGGGGAAGUACAACUGGCCAGUCGUCCAAGUCCAAGAAAGCUUACUUGAAGGUAGUACAAAGCGUCCAGCUUUCUGGACGAUCACCAAUAGCAAGAUCUACGGACGAGCGGGCAAUUACUUUCACGGACGAGGACGCUGACAGAAUUCAUCACCCUUAUGAUGAUGCCCUCGUCAUCUCCUUACUAAUUGCAAACUACACAACCAGAAGAGUGCUUGUGGACAAUGGAAGCUCAGCAGACAUUUUAUAUUAUCCAGCUUUUCAGCAGAUGAGAUUAGGACGAGACCAGCUCCGUCCAGUGAACUCCCCCCUAGUAGGCUUUGGUGGGAUGAAGGUGCAACCAGUGGGUACCAUUUCCUUAUCCGUGGUAGUGGGGGCAUAUCCACGACAGAUUACCAAGGAUGUGAACUUCCUUGUGGUAGACUGUCCAUCCUCUUACAAUGCCAUCAUUGGGAGGCCAACUUUGAAUAGUUGGAAAACUGUUACCUCUACUUACCACUUAUCAGUCAAGUUUCCAACAGAACACGGGGUAGGACAGGUACAAGGUGACCAACUGGCAGCAAGAGAGUGUUACUUGGCCAUGCUGGCCAUGGAUGAACAAGUUCAAGCAAUGAACAUUGAAGAAAAGAGGAAUGUAGGGGCGACAUAUCAGAGGUUGGUCAACCACAUGUUCCGUCCGCAGAUUGGGCGGAAUGUGGAAGUCUAUGUAGAUGACAUGCUGGUGAAAAGUCAGGACGAAGGAAGACAUCUAGACGACCUGCAGGAGACAUUUGAGACAUUGAGGCGGUAUCACAUGAAGCUAAAUCCUAGCAAAUGUGCUUUUGGAGUAUCAUCAGGGAAAUUCCUUGGCUUUAUGGUAUCCCACAGGGGAAUCGAAGCAAAUCCAGAUAAAAUUCAAGCAAUACUGGACAUGAAGCCACCGCAAAAUACCAAGGAAAUCCAAUCCCUCACUGGACGAGUCGCUGCGCUUAACAGGGCACCGCUGCUGAGUCCAUCAGUGGAAGGAGAGGAACUAUAUUUGUACCUAGCGGUAACCCCAUAUGCUGUGAGCUCAGCAUUGAUAAGAGAGGAAGAUAAAGUCCAAAGACCUGUGUAUUAUACAAGCAAGGCAUUGAAAGGAGCGGAAGGACGAUAUCCACAAAUGGAGAAGUUGGCCUUCGCACUAAUCACAGCUUCAAGGAAGCUGAGAUAUCAACCAAGGCAUGCCAUAAAAGCUCAAGCCCUAGCAGAUUUUAUUGCAGAGUUUACCCCAAGUCAUAAUGAGGCAGAGGACAGCAAGAGAUGGAUCGUCCACGUGGAUGGUUCGUCUACACGGCAUGCAGGAGGAAUUGGUGUGGUCCUGCAGUCCCCAGAGGGAGACAAACUGAAACAUAAAGUCCGUCUACAGUACCAAGCGACAAACAAUGAAGUCGAAUAUGAAGCCCUCCUCAAAGGGCUAGAAUUGGCGAAGUCCGUGGAAGCCAAGUCCAUAUGUGUCAUGGGAGAUUCCCAACUGAUCAUGGGGCAAGUGAAUGGGAUGUAUGAAGCGAAGGAAGGACGAAUGAAGAAAUACCUUGGUAGGGUGAUGCGCCUUGUGAAAAGGUUUGAAAAAGCUGACUUCGUUCAAAUCCCCAGGGAGGAGAACGUGGAAGCUGAUACUAUAGCAAAAGAGGCCUCAGCAGAUGAAUCAUUAGAGAAGUCAGAUGAAGUUCAGUAUAUGCCGAGUAUAGAUGCCCAGGAAGUACAGCAGGUGGAUAACAGAGAAAAUUGGAUGACUCCCAUUAUAUCAUAUUUGAAAGACGGACGACUACCAGAAGAAAAGGACGAGGCCAGAAAGGUGAGGGUGAGAUCAGCUAGAUACGUCCUUAUGAAUGAAGUGCUAUACAAGAGAGGUUUCUCUCAACCUUACCUUAGGUGCCUAGCUCCGGACGAAACGAACUACGUACUGAGAGAAGUUCACGAAGGGGCAUGUGGCAAUCACUCAGGAGCCAGAUCACUUGUCCACAAGGUCGUCCGUGCAGGAUAUUACUGGCCAAACAUGCAAGCUGAUGCAAAAGCAUACGUUAAAAUCUGCGACCAGUGCCAGCGAUUUAGCAAUGUCCCCAGACAACCAUCGGAAUACCUCACCCCAAUGGUAGCACCGUGGCCCUUCGCACAAUGGGGAUUGGACAUUUUGGGUCCCUUCCCUUUGGGAGUAAGGCAGAUGAAGACCACAGUGAGGACCCCUACAGGGGAGACCCCUUUCAAGUUAGCCUAUGGAAGCGAUGCACUCAUACCUGCAGAAGUGCAUAUGGCUAAUCACAGGGUGAUGACGUAUCAAGACAGGGAUAAUGAGGACCAGCUUCGUCUGAACCUCGAUCUAAUAGACGAGGUAAGGGCAAACGCAGAAUACAGGGCAGCAAAUUUGAAACUAUGA